UGAUAGAGAUGCAGGUAAUGUUUUUCUGAAACUAGCUAAUGACCUGAAAUAGUUUUCUGUUGGUUUGUUCACUCAUUCACUUAUUCAUUCAGCAUUCUUUGAACACUCAUAAUAUUUCAAAUACUACCUGAUGGUGUGUACUACAUAGGUUAACAAGACAUGGUCCCUAUCACAUUAAAUCAACCAUUGUCUAUCUGAAUGAGAAUGUUGACAGACUAAUCUUAAAAAAGAAAUUGGAUUAUAUAGAAAAGGCUAAUAUGGAAUUAGUGCAUGUAUCAUGUUCUCUCUCCUUAUUCCUUUCCUCUCUCCUUUAAAUUAAUGGUUCCCUGACUCAUUGAGUCACGUGAGACUUUUCUUAAAAUAUAGACUCUUGGGUAGCAGGGCUAGGGAAUUUACAUUUUAAAAAAUUCCUUAUUUUAAUGAUCAUCCUAGUUUGGGGACUACUGCCUUAAAUCAAGAGAGAUGAUCCAGUUUUCAUAGAGCCCUUGCUGUUUUUACUACCCAAAAUAAUAUCUUAAUAUUUGAUUAAUGCUUUAUACUUAACAAUUGUUCCACAUUUACUAUUUAAUUAUAUCCUUACAAUAACUUUGUUGAAGUAUAUGACUAGGAAUUCUCAAUUAUCAGAAGAGAUAACUGAGGCCCAGAGAAAUUAUUUGCCAGGAUUCCAUAGCAGUUUAGGUACUGUUCUUGUCUCCGGUCCAUUCAUUGUUCUUACUAUAUCAUGCUGCAUUAUAACUCUCUUUAUGAACUGUAAGACUAUGUUAAUUGCUUCUCAUUCCCAUGGCUUUCCCUUAAGUUAGGUAUUUAUUUUAUGUUCUUUCUUUUUACCAAAGUACCUUUCAUGGCAGAAGAGCAUGAGAGCAUAGUUCUCCCCUCCCCAGUACCUGGUGUGUAAUUCUGAGGGGACUCCCUCCCCCCAGAACGAUGAAAUUUAUUUGAUUUUGUGUUUAAUCUUCUAAAGAAUGCAUUUUAUCUUGUGAAAUAGCUAUAUGUAUUUUGAUUACAGUUAUUCAGUUAUUUAAUGUUGAACAAAUUCUCUAUGAAGUAAAAUUGAAUUAUCCUGUGGCUUUUGACUUCUGUAUAAUUCCAGUAGUAUGCAUUAUUUUUUCAGUAGGAAUGAGAACUCAGAAAUCAACCUGACUGAAGAAGGGAUUAGUUCCCAAAUUUGGGUGGGAUAAUAAAGAUUCUAGUUGGGAGCUGAGAAAUUCUAAUAGUUUAGGAAGAUAGGCAUAUCACUUUUGUUUUUUCUCUACCUUCAUGCCAAGAUAGAUCGUUUAGGUUUAAAUGGCUAAGGUUAUUUAUGGGCCACAUAUUGUCAUAUCCCUACCCAUGAGUGGGUUAUAAGCAAGAAUAUUCCAGACUUGAUAUGUACAAGUUAGUGCCCUUCUUGGGAAAGUGUAAUACGGUGUAAUUUCUUGGAUCUCUUAAAUUUUAGUGACUUAAUUCUUAAAGAUGAACACAUUAAAAUUCUAAGAGUUUCUGCUACUGUGUGUAUUCCUUGAGAUCUCUGACAAAAAAGCAAACUUUCUUUACUAAGGUGUUAUUUUAUUACAGGAUUGCACCCAAAAUUAUAGAGACAACUGGAGUUCAUUUUCAGGUUUUUUAACAGACUAUGUAUGAGCACUUGGGAGAACUGCUAACAGUUUUGCUCACCUUGGAUGAAAUUAUUGAUAAUCACAUCACAUUGAAAGACCACUGGACUAUGUACAAAAGAUUAUUGAAAUCUGUGCAUCACAAUCCUUCAAAAUUUGGAAUUCAAGAAGAAAAACUAAAGCCAUUUGAAAAGUUCUUACUGAAGCUGGAAGGGCAGUUACUUGAUGGAAUGAUAUUCCAGGCCUGUAUAGAACAACAGUUUGAUUCUCUAAAUGGAGGAGUAUCUGUGUCAAAAAACAGCACUUUUGCUGAAGAAUUUGCGCAUAGUAUUCGUUCAAUUUUUGCAAAUGUAGAAGCCAAACUUGGAGAACCUUCUGAAAUUGACCAAAGAGACAAGUAUGUUGGAAUUUGUGGACUCUUUGUGCUGCACUUUCACAUUUUUCGUACUGUUGAUAAAAAGUUUUAUAAGUCUUUAUUGGACAUUUGUAAGAAGGUACCAGCCAUCACUCUAACUGCUAAUAUUGUUUGGUUUCCUGAUAAUUUUCUAAUCCAGAAGAUACCAGCAGCUGCCAAACUUGUAGACAGGAAAAGUCUUCAAGCCAUUAAAAUGCAUAGGGAUACUUUCCUGCAGCAGAAAGCUCAAUCACUUACCAAAGAUGUUCAAUCUUACUACGUCUUUGUGAGCUCAUGGAUGAUGAAGAUGGAAUCUAUUUUAUCUAAAGAGCAGAGAAUGGAUAAAUUUGCUGAAGACCUCACCAACAGAUGUAAUAUUUUUAUACAGGGCUUCUUAUAUGCAUAUAGUAUCAGUACCAUUAUUAAAACCACAAUGAAUCUCUACAUGUCCAUGCAAAAGCCAAUGACCAAAACCUCAGUUAAGGCAUUGUGCAGGCUUGUUGAACUUCUUAAGGCAAUAGAGCAUAUGUUCUACAGAAGAAGCAUGGUUGUGGCUGAUUCAGUUUCACAUAUAACACAGCACCUUCAACAUCAGGCUCUUAAUUCUAUUUCUGUGGCCAAGAAAAGAGUAAUUUCUGACAAAAAAUACAGCGAACAGCGUCUUGAUGUCCUCUCUGCUCUAGUUUUGGCUGAAAAUACUCUAAAUGGACCAAGCACAAAGCAGCGACGACUUAUUAUUUCUUUGGCACUGAGUGUUGGCACACAAAUGAAAACAUUUAAGGAUGAAGAACUCUUUCCACUUCAAGUAGUCAUGAAAAAGCUGGAUCUUAUCAGUGAACUUAGAGAACGAGUCCAAACACAAUGUGACUGUUGUUUCUUAUACUGGCAUCGAGCUGUCUUCCCAAUUUAUUUAGAUGAUGUGUAUGAAAAUGCUGUUGAUGCAGCCAGACUACAUUACAUGUUCAGUGCUUUACGUGACUGUGUACCUGCUAUGAUGCAUGCAAGGCAUUUAGAGUCCUAUGAAAUACUUCUGGAUUGCUAUGACAAGGAAAUUAUGGAAAUUUUAAAUGAGCAUUUGCUGGACAAGUUGUGCAAAGAAAUAGAGAAGGAUUUGCGACUUUCCGUGCACACUCAUUUAAAACUGGAUGACCGAAACCCUUUCAAAGUUGGCAUGAAAGAUCUGGCCCUUUUUUUCUCUCUGAACCCAAUUCGGUUUUUCAAUCGUUUCAUUGACAUUCGAGCUUAUGUAACUCACUAUCUAGACAAGACUUUCUACAAUUUAACAACAGUAGCUCUUCAUGACUGGGCCACUUAUAGUGAAAUGAGAAACUUAGCUACGCAGCGUUAUGGAUUGGUUAUGACAGAGGCACAUCUUCCUAGUCAGACUUUGGAGCAGGGUCUGGAUGUUUUGGAAAUUAUGAGAAACAUUCAUAUAUUUGUGUCUCGAUACCUCUAUAAUCUCAACAAUCAGAUCUUUAUUGAACGAACAAGCAAUAACAAACAUUUGAAUACAAUUAAUAUUCGGCACAUUGCUAAUUCAAUUCGAACACAUGGCACAGGAAUCAUGAAUACAACAGUUAAUUUCACCUACCAGUUUUUGAAAAAGAAGUUCUAUAUAUUUAGCCAGUUUAUGUAUGACGAACAUAUCAAAUCCAGAUUGAUUAAAGAUAUUCGAUUUUUCCGGGAAAUCAAGGACCAAAAUGAUCAUAAGUAUCCUUUUGAAAGAGCAGAAAAAUUCAAUCGAGGCAUCAGAAAACUUGGAAUAACACCAGAGGGACAGAGCUACCUUGAUCAGUUCAGGCAACUCAUCAGCCAAAUUGGUAACGCUAUGGGCUAUGUACGAAUGAUAAGAUCUGGUGGUCUUCAUUGUAGCAGCAAUGCCAUUAGAUUUGUGCCUGAUCUUGAAGAUAUUGUGAAUUUUGAAGAACUAGUAAAAGAAGAAGGUCUCGCAGAAGAAACAUUAAAAGCAGCAAGGCAUUUGGAUUCAGUCCUCAGUGAUCACACACGAAAUUCUGCGGAAGGCACAGAAUAUUUCAAAAUGCUUGUGGAUGUUUUUGCUCCAGAGUUUCGAAGGCCAAAGAAUAUACAUCUCCGAAAUUUCUAUAUCAUUGUUCCCCCUCUGACCCUCAACUUUGUAGAGCAUUCCAUUAGUUGCAAGGAAAAAUUGAACAAAAAAAAUAAAAUUGGAGCUGCUUUUACUGAUGAUGGCUUUGCCAUGGGUGUGGCUUACAUUCUAAAGCUUUUGGAUCAGUACCAGGAGUUUGACUCACUUCACUGGUUCCAGUCUGUUAGAGAGAAGUACCUGAAGGAGAUAAGAGCAGUUGCUAAGCAACAGAAUGUUCAGUCAGCCAGUCAGGAUGAAAAACUACUACAAACCAUGAAUCUCACUCACAAGCGACUGGAUGUCUACCUGCAGGAAUUUGAAUUGCUAUAUUUUUCACUGAGCAGUGCAAGAAUUUUCUUCAGAGCAGACAAGACUGCAGCUGAAGAAAACCAGGAAAAGAAAGAGAAGGAAGAAGAAACUAAAACAAGCAACGGAGACCUGUCCGACAGCACUGUGUCUGCGGAGCCUGUUGUGAAAUGAUACCAAUGGUAUGCAUUGCCGUAAGAAAUGAGCAGAAUUGUGUUAAUGCUAUUGUCAGUCAAAUGGAUGUUAAUAAGCUAUUGAUGAAUUGUUUCCUGGGUCAAUCUCUAGAAAAUAUUUUGAUGUUGGAACUUUUUAAGGCAGUGCUCUAAAGCUAGGUCCAUUCUUCUUCCAAAAACUCUACUUUGGAUAGGUUGAGAAUGAAAUUUAAAAUUGGAUUUUAGCUUGGAGGAUGUGCCUAAGAACAGGUAUUUGAAGUGAAGUUAUAGAAGGGCAAAUCCAAAUUCCUAAACUGCCACCUCAGAUCUCUUGUAAUCUACAUGAGUAUUUAUACUUUGUAUUUCUAAAAGUCUUCGAUGCAUAUUUAUUUUAAGUCAUUGGACAUUCCUUCCAUAUACCAUGUAUAGCCAGUAAAUACAUAUUUUUUAAAAAAAGGAAUUGAGCCUGAAAUUCAUGAAGCAUACGCACCAUUAUUAUAAAAGGAAUAUAUGAAGAUGACUUGGAUACUAGAGGUGAGGCACAAGUGUGCUGUGAACCCUUUAUGUACAGUAUAAACCGAUGAUUAUUCCUUCAUUGUUAAUUUCAUGUGACUCACAGAGCUGCUGAUGUCUUUGGUGAGACGUUUUAUCCUAGUUUACAUUGCUUUGGGAACAUUUAACCUCCAACAACUGCUUUAAAUUUAAGAUUUACUUAAUACUCAACAUGAAAGAAAAUCCAGACAAAGCCAUAUAGUCCCGCUUGAAGCUUCACUUCUGGUGGAAGGCUACUACGAACGAUAUCGGAGAAUAUUGAUGAAUUCUUAUUUCUACAUCCAAACUCAGGUUUCUUCACAUUAAGGUUCAAUUGAAAUCUUGGUGAUGGUUUGGGCAGACUUUUUCUUUAACACAAGUAUAAUCUCAUUGUACUGUGCAGGCUUUUAAAAAAUUACCACUGUGAGAACAAAGUUCUAAUAAAUUAAAUCAUUAACUGGUUUAAAAAAUACAGAAAGAUUUUUGAGUAAAUUUAGUUUCUCGAGAGCUGCUAGCUUUAUUUUUGUGAAGAGUAUGCAAGCUAAAUGGUUAAUCAUGGCCUAUAAUCUUUUAAUACAACGAAAAAAAUUUAAAACUUUAAAUAUAAUACAAACAUUAUUCUGGGAAACUUGAUUUUUCCAUUGCAUUUGCCUGCUAAGCAUUUCUUUGAAUAGAUCCUGCAAGUAAUUCUAACGUUGUUCUUUGAUUUCCAGCUUUUAGAAUGGGUGUACAAUGCCCUAUCUGUAGUCACUGAUUAGAUAGGGUAACUUUCC